UGGGCGCUGUCCAAUGGCGUGCGAGCCCCGCCGAGAGUAAUGUUAGAGAGCUGAAGACUGAAGACACUGCGUAUCGCCUGUGCUCCCUCAUACACAGCCAUUGCAGACCAUUGAGAUCCAGCGAUAGUCACUGGAUACUGUCACCAGGAUGGGGAAGGAUCCAACCAAGCCGAGGGGGAAGAUGUCCUCCUAUGCAUAUUUUGUGCAGACCUGUCGGGAGGAGCACAAGAAGAAACACCCCGAGGCUUCGGUUAACUUUGCCGAGUUUUCCAAGAAGUGCUCCGAGCGAUGGAAGACAAUGUCGGCCAAGGAGAAGGGCAAAUUUGAGGACAUGGCCAGGCAGGACAAGGCGCGAUAUGAAAGGGAGAUGAUGAACUACGUUCCGGCGAGGGGGGGAAAGAAGAAGAAGAAGUACAAGGACCCUAAUGCCCCCAAGAGACCUCCAUCUGCCUUCUUCAUCUUCUGCUCAGAGUUCCGCCCUAAGGUGAAAGGCGAGAGCCCCGGCCUGUCAAUCGGGGAUGUUGCCAAGAGGCUGGGCGAGAUGUGGAACAGCACUGCAGCCGAGGACAAGCAGCCCUUCGAGAAGAAGGCGGCCAAACUGAAGGAGAAGUAUGAGAAGGACAUCGCGGCGUAUCGCGCAAAGGGCAAACCAGGCAGCGGUGCGCCAGCGAAAGCCCCGGCCAAGGCAGAGAAGAAAGACGAUGAUGAUGAUGACGACGACGAAGAUGAGGAAGAGGAAGAGGAUGAUGACGAUGAGGAUGAUGAUUAGUAGGUGGCAGGUGAAAUAAAGUGGUCAUUUUCUUGUUUAUAAAGCAUUUAACCCCCUUGUACACACUUCACUUACUGAAAGAAAAUUCAUUAGUAUCCAAGGGGUAAAAAAUAAAAAAAAAAUAAAUAAAACGACAAAAAAGGCUGUGUAUAUCAGUUGUUUUUAUGCUGUACAGUUUUUUUUUCUCCUUUUUGUAUAGUUAACACUACACAAGUAUCGUGUCUGUAUCUUUCUGCCAGUCUUAUUUUUUUUUCCCCAGUGGUAGUUACUAGACCACUAUCCUACCUGGUACAGUGUAAAGGGGUGGGCUUUACAGUAUUUACCUUAGCUAGAGGUGCACAGCACAUAAAAAUGUUCUGAGUUAGAUCUGAGUGUUUCUUCUUCGCCUCCUUUUUUUUCCUCCUUCACCUGUGUGUUUUUAUUUUAAAUUACAUGUUAUCAAAAUUGACGUAUCACAGUUGUUUUACUGAUCUUUAUGUACCACUGUAAUAGCAAAAUAAGACAAAAAACCUUGUUUAUUGUUGAAAAUUAAAUUGCUUCUGAUGUCAAUAAACAUUUUUUUUAAUAAA